UUAGAUUUCUGUUACGCGAACGGUGAGGCAGUCGGUAACCCUUCAGCAUUCAAUUGGCAAUAGUAAUAAUUCAGCAUUGGCCAUUAAUGCAAACAAUUGAUUUAGACAAUAGUAAAUCAAUAGCAAUAGAAAUAGCGAUAACAACAACAACAAAGCGCAUACAUCGAUUGAUAUAAAAGUCAAAGCUAACUGUGAAUAUUGUGUAAUUGCUUGAACGAGAAGAUGAAUUUGAAAUGAGACAGCAGAACGAAGAAAAACAAAAACAACUGCAAAGAGAACAGCUUGUCAACAGUUGGAUUUAAAUAAAUUUUUGAAUCAUAUGAUUUUCAAAAACAAAGAGCACAUAGACGUAAAAAUAAACAAAAACUGAAAGCAAAGGAUAUAUUGGACAGUAUAAAGUAACAAUAAUAAAAAAUUAUUUUCAUAAAAUUGACAUGUACACAGUAAAUAAGGGACCUAGCAAAAUUGUUGCUAAAACGCGACGCGGUCUGCCACAAAACUUUGAAAAGUUCGAGAGCAUUAAGGAGAGCGGCAAGAAACAUGGCAGCAUCAGCCAGAGUUUUGAUCUCAACAGUCCCGAGAAGAACAAGAACAUACCGCGCCCGGUAUUUCAACAGAGCUUCGCUUCGAAACGCAUUGCUCCCACAAAGCUCAUUGAGGAUGAGGUGAUAACGCCGCAACAUGAGGAGAUAAUACGCUACAUUAACGACUCGUGGAAUAUUUUGGUUGCGCAGAACCCGUAUGAUUCCAGCACUGUGAAGCACGAUGGCAAGGCCGAUGCCAACAAUAACAGCGCAUCAACUUUGGCCACACCCAGUCCUGUGGAUAGCAUUAUAGCCAAUACACCUGUGGCGGCAUCGGCUGCGCCGGCUGUUUGGGUAGAGCCGCCAAGUCCAGCACUGAACGACUUUAAGCCAUUCGAUUUGGAGUCUUGGUGGGGACGUCGCUUGUUCCACAACAUUACCAAAAGCCUAUAGACUGAUUGGCCGCUGGGGUACUAUAAUUUAGUAGUCGGUGCUUCCGUUUCUAUUAUUUUUACAUCUACUUUCGACUGGAAAUCAAAUUCACAUUAGCUACAAAGAUUAAUAUAGCAGUUAAGUGAUCACCUUUGCAAUUCUAGACUAGCCGUUGGAAACGGCCUUUCGAUAAGUCUUGCAGUUUUUUUUGUCCUUUUAAGUAUACAAAUAUAAAUUUAAA